AUGUCAUCAUCAACCUCAGUAUUCAUGUACAACGGGCCCAUGUACGGUCGUUCCGGACAAAACCCUGUACACAUUGUCCGCACAACGCGACACGACGAUGAACAGGUGAUUGAAAUUGUACGAGAACGUGGUGCUGAAUCCAGAUUCUCAGCCUUAUCCAAUUCCAAACCUCAUCGAUCUCUCGGUUCAUUAGACACUCGUACACGAGUUCGUUCUACCACCCCUGGAGAGAAUUAUCAUUAUCCGACGGAAGGGAAUCACACAAUCACUGUGAGCAGUGCCAAGUACGACGAAAUGGCCGCACCAGCAACCGCCAGUUCAGCCUAUUGGCGUCAUGCCACCAUGUCCGAAUCCGGAGCAUCCCCACUGCUCGAACGAGGCGGUUAUCGAUCAAGCCUGCGUAGCCCACGUGCCCAACGAUCCAUUCACAGCACUCCAGCCAGUCCGGUCAUGGGUCAAUCAGCCAAUAGGACCACAAUGAGUUCGAGUAGUACUAUGCGAUCACACGUGUGGAAUGGUGAAUCACGCAGUGCCGCUCUCCCGCCCCCCUCGCAACGUAUCUUGGCCACACGGAUGGCCAAUUCAAUUCGUAGUGGUUCCGCACUGACCGAAAAUCUCACUCCGACCGGACCUCCGGUCGAGCGUGUGACCACCCGUAUUGAUCCCACAACCGGACUGUUGCAACGGGUCACCGCACGAACACAGUCGUUCUCGGACAUAUCGAAGAAUGUGUUUGUCACGGAGACAGAUGAGAAUAUUGAGGAUGACCAGGCCACGGAAUAUCACAUCAAACGACACACAAUUCGCAAACGUGAGUUCACCGUGAUUUUGGUCCCGAUUUUGAGGCACGCACCGUGA